UGAGCCCAUUUAGCUACUAUCACCGCCCUCCUCACAGUUGUGAGACAGAGCUCUGGGUACACUCUGAAUGUGCCUGGAAGGACUAGAGCUUGAGAGACCAGAGCAGGUGCUCACACGGGCGUCACCCAAUGCUGUGCUAGGCUGAGUAUCAGGCGCUGCGCUGUGUUUCUUCAGAGAGAGAGUCUUGGCGUAUGUCAGGGAUCCACUGGAGUCUCAGGAUGGACAACUGGUGAUACAGUGGGAACAGAAUCAGGUUUUAGAUUAGGGGAAACAAAACAAAAGUAAAAGAAGACUACACAGAGAUAGCCUGGAGUUGGAAUCAAGCGGGGCUGUCUCCUUGGUUGGGAAACCAAAGACAACAGGAUUCCAUCAUGUCCACACCAGUUGCCUCAGAUACCACACCACGGCUUCAGAAGCCAACGAAAGGUCAAAAGAAAAAAGUGCCUGUGAAAGCAACGAUAGCUUCAGACAGAAGAUCCGAGAUGUCACCUGUCUCCUCAAAGGAGUCCUGCAAGCAGAAUGAUUCAGGGAAACAGGUGCCAGCGGACAGUGUUUGCUUGGCAAAAAAAGCUCCACAGGUCACCAGUAUUCUGGCUUCCAGUGAUGGCUCUGCAGGGGAUGUCCCUGAGCAGAGAUCCAAGAGGAAAAAGGGCCAAAGAAAAAGAAAACUGGACAAUAUCAAGAUGGAUCCAGAAGUCUGUGUCACUCUUGCCUCCAGUGAUGCCUCGGCAGGGGAUGUCCCUGUGCAGCGAACCAAAAGGAAGAGGGCUCACAAGACAAGGACACUUGUGGAUGUCAAAGCAGCUAUCCAAGAGGGCAGCGUGCUGGCCUCCAGCACAGCCACCCCUGAAGCUGCCCCUGGAGCCACCUCAAAGCUCAAGUUCCCCAGGAGGGGGAAGAAAAGGAGCAUAUGGGCUGUGAACCGUAUAGAGGGGAUGAAACUCAUACUGAACAAGAAGAGAAGAGCCAGCUACCGCCCUGAGGACCUCGAAGCCUUCUACCGACUUCUGGAGGAUCCUGUGGUCCAGAAUUUCUUGGCAGCGGACAUUUUCUUCAGGGUGACUGACAAGUAUCUGCUGUCUAUGGUGGUGGAGUAUUUUGGUCGAGUUGGGCUUCCUGGACAUCUCUACAACAGGAUCUACUUCUUCCUGGCCCUCUAUAUCGCCUGUGACAUGGAAGAGGAUGACCCCAUAUCCAAGAGGAGCAUCUUCCAAUUCUUGCUGGGCAGAGACACCUGGCAAGGCUUAUACAAGGAUUUCCUGAAGCUGCAGAAGGAUUUCAUCCUAGCCAUGGAUUACCAAGCCUGGGUCACGCCAGAUCAGUGUGCAGAGAUCCAGAACCAGAACCCACAGCACUGGGUCUGGAGUCGGGUGCGCCAGGGCACCCCUUAGGUUCCCAGGCCUGGGGACCAUCAGCAGGGUCGUGGAGCAUGGGGCUGCACUUGAGCCAGCUCCUGACCACCCCUGCCAUCUCCCCUGCCCCCAACAAGAAGCUAGAUGAUGAAAUCAAUGGCCAAGUUGCCUCAGAGAUGGCUCCAAAGCAUGAGAACCAACAAAGAAGGGUUGGAAGAAGCAAGUGCCCAUGGAAGGUGUCUUCCUAGUUCUCUUCACCAUUGGUGUCCAGCUUUCCAGGAGAGUGGCCUGCAGGCCUCUGAAGCCAUAACAGGUUUCUGAGCUGAAGUUCUCCAGGAGGCAGAAGGGGAGCAUGUGGACUGUGGAGCAUACACCGGGGUGAAACUUUGGAUAAACAAGAAGAGAAAUCCCAGUUACUGCUCUGAAGCCCUUUGUGGGUGUGUUUUGUGAGCUGGGGAAAUGCCCAGGACCAGCUCUCAAAACUGAGGAACCUUCCUCCAGGCUUCAGAAUAAACCCAGAUGGCACAGAUUCAAGGACCAGCAGCUCUGCAAGGUGUAAGGAGUCUCCCUUUGUGUGUCAAUAGGCUGACAAAUUACAGCAAGCCACCUCUCCACAGGCAGACCCAUUCACUGCUCCCCCCUCCAGUCACAGAGGUGAAGGCAAGUGGUGAAGACUAUAAAGGUUCCUACUUCUCCGGUCUUCGCAUAAAGUCUGUGCUUCCAGAAAGCAACUCUAAAGCAAGGAGCUCCUGUGCAGAGGGAAACAGUCACUAAUGCAGGCAAUGAGAAGAUGCAAGAAAGCAGUGGGGGGCAGGGGUUGAUACUGUGAGCAGUUGGCCAAGAAGACUCCAUCCCUGCCAGAGCAUCAGUCAAAACAUAGAGAGGAGCCAUGUCACAUGGUGAACUGACAGAAUGUGGUACCAUAGAGUCAAAAGGACAAAAGCCAGGUUCUUAAGUUGAGGAAAAUUUAUUAAACAUUGGGAACCACAGAGAAACAGAU